CACAAAUUCAUGUAAAUCAUCAGCAUUCAGCAACACUGAAAGCAGCAUAUCCGAGACAAUGAAGACAUUAUUACUGGUAUAUGUACACGGAUUUAAAGGCGGUGCAACGACGUUUGCGGACUUCCCCGGCCAUAUGGAGUUCCAGCUGAAGAAGCUGUACAAAGCAUCAGAUACAGCAGUCAAAAUCGCCACGAUCGUCUACCCUCCGUACGAAACAAAAGGAAACCUGGAAGACAGUGUCCGCACGUUCGUUACAUUUCUCGAGACUGCGGUCAUUGAUUACGAGGUUGCGAACGGCACACAUUCGCCGGUCGUGAGCCCGUCGGUCGGUGUCAUUCUCGUGGCGCAUAGUAUGGGCGGCCUCGUGGUCUCGGAUGCGACGAUUGAGAUUCUGGCGCGCGACGCAAACUACGUGUUUCCAAAAGUGAUUGGCUUGCUUUGCUUUGACUCGCCGUUUCUUGGACUUCAUGCUUCGGUAUUUGCGCAGGAUGUCCUUGGUCGAGGAGCGGCGAAGUUCAAAGAGUUGCAGUCUGCGAGCUCGGCCGUGCCGCUGACCGCUGCUGCUUCUUACCUGUUUGCAAAGAAGAGCAAAGAACAACCCAAGCGAGAGGGCGAGAAAGUGGAAGAGAAGAAAACCAAUUGGGGAAAGAUUGCGGGUCUGGCAGCAGCAGGUAUUGCGACGACGGCUGCGGCCGCCGCGGGGACGGCGUGGUAUCUCAAGAGUCAGAACGUGGACCUGAACUGGGCACAGGAGCAUCUGGUGUUUGUCGGCGCUAUCUUCAAGAAACCGGCAGUACUAAGAGAGCGGUUAUGGACGCUAUUUCAGUCGAGACAACGAGUGCAGAUGAUUGACUACUUCACAGUGAUACAACCAAAGGAGGAUUCAAGCAACAACUCCCAACAAGCAGGUGAUGUCGAUCCGGCGCAGGUAGCAAAAGGGCUGGGAAAGCUGGUUAGCGGCGAAGGCGACGGGAAGCGAACGUUUUGUAAUAUCCCGAAAGAGGUGCCGUACAGCGAGUUUUACGUUCCGGCGGAGAAUCCACAGGCCCAGGGUGAGAUUGAGGCGCAUAUCACGAUGUUUGAGAUGGGGAAGAAUCCAAAGUAUCGGCCGAUGCUUAUGAAUUGUGUGGAACGAGUGAGCGGGUGGGCAUCGGGGUUUUUAUCAUCUCAGUAGUUGCAUAAGGAUUUUGGGUACGGGGUGCAUUUA